AUGAAAUAUAAAUGCAGCAAAGACUCAGAGAGCUCAAUAAAAACCUUCCACCCGUCAUUCUGGAAGGAUAAGAGAAAGAAAGUUAAGCAACUACAGGAAAUGGCUUUGGGAGUUCCAAUAUCAGUCUAUCUUUUGUUCAAUGCAAUGACAGCACUGACGGAAGACGCAGCCGUGACUGUAACACCUCCAAUCACAGCCCAGCAAGGUAACUGGACAGUUAACAAAACAGAAGCUGACAACAUAGAAGGACCCAUAGUUUUGAAGCUCUCACACUCUUGCCUGAAAGAUCAUAACAGCUACUGCAUCAACGGUGCUUGUGCAUUCCACCAUGAGCUAGAGAAAGCUAUCUGCAGGUGUUUUACUGGUUAUACUGGAGAACGGUGUGAGCACUUGACUUUAACUUCAUAUGCUAUGGAUUCUUAUGAAAAAUGCAUUGCAAUUGGGAUCGGCGUUGGAUUACUAUUAAGUGGCUUUCUUGCUGUUUUUUACUGCUAUAUAAGAAAGAGGUGUCUAAAAUUGAAAUCACCCUACAAUGUCUGUUCUGGAGGGAGACAACCACUGUGAGGCCUUUAUAAAGAAUUUUCAUCAAGGCAUCUGCAGAGAUCAGUGGGCCCAAAAUUAAAGUUUUCAGAUGAAACAACAAAACUUGUCAAGCUGACUACACUUGAACAUAAUAAAAGUUGGGAUCACAAUGAAAUGAGUGAUAAAAUUCAGCGUUGGUCUGUAGACUUUCCCAUCAUGAAGGAGUGAUGGAAGCCAAGUGAACAAGCUACAGUGGCAGAAGUCAAGUUCAUAGUUUCACUCUUUUGUUGUUGUUGUGUGGUUACUAUUCUAACAACAGAAAGACUGAGUUUCAUGCUCCUGACUGUGUCAGGUGUGAAUUUUCAUGGGACUAAUAAUCAACUUUGCAGCAAGCCAAAGCAAUGCCUCAUUUGGAUUCUUCAUGUUCUUACUACCCAGCGUUUUUUACCACCUUGAUGGGCCUUCUAUUUGCUCAAUGAACCUUAUCCCAAACUUGUUGUUUUCAUGGUGGCUAAAAGAAUGUGAUGUCAGCUUUUAGAAUGAAAUCAGUGUUAAGGUACCUCCGGUGAACCAAACACGUGUCUUAAAUCUAAGCCACUGAAAAGAGAAUGGAAUGUCCAAGGCAAAUACAAAUCAUAAACAGCUUGUAACAAACAUACAGCCUUUAUAUGUGAAAUACAGAAUAAGCUAAAGAGUUUCUGAAGACUGACGCUCUCUGAAUAUCAAGUCUGGAGUAGGCAAAGCAUCUCCAUUUCUACAUAGAUUAUAAAACUUUGUGUUGGACUCAUUGGUCCAUAAUGCUUUUGUUCAUCCUUCCUCCAGUUAUCUGUGGAAUUACCUGGUAACCAUUCAUUUGGAUAGAAAUCCUUGAAGUCUCCUACUGAAUACAAGUCUACAAUUGGCCUGAAUACAAGUUUACAGUAGAAACUGAAGAACAGGACAUAGAAGUUUUUCACCAGCCCACAGCACGUGAAAACUUUAUCAUUUUUGAACACUUGUUAACAAAUUUGCACAUAGAGGGAGAGGAAAAAAUGGAGUCACAGUUGAAAUAACUAAGAAUCAAUGUCCAGGCUGGGUGUGGUGGCUCACGUCGGUACUCCUAGCACUUUGGGAGGCCGAGGCAGAUGGAUCACCUGAGGUCAGGACCCUGUCUCUUCUAAAUGCAAAAAUUCGCUGGGUGUGGUGGCACUGGCCUGUAAUCCCAACUACUUGGGAGGCUGACUCAGGAAAAUCUCUUGAACCCGAGAGGCAGAGGUUGCAGUGACCCAAGAUGGCACCCCUGCUCUCCAACCUGGGUGACAAGAGUGAAACUCAGAAAUAAAAAGAAAGAAAAAUCAGUAUCCUUCCUCUUAGUUAUAUUUCUGCCAUUUAAUUUGAACAGUCUUAUGCAGUUUGCUUGAUUUAUUUGGGCUUUGGUUUCAUUUUCAACAAGGCCCUUGUAGCUCUAAAACUUGACAAUAAAAAGAAGAAAAUGCUUUUCCAAAUCUGUAGGGCCAGUGAAAUCCUCAACAUCAGCAUGUUGAGAUGGACCUCAACCCCACCUCUAACCCUGAAACACACCACUAGAUAUUAUCUUAGGUGUAUAUUUUAGUUUGUAAAAUAAUAAUUUAUUGUUAAAGGAAAUAUAAAAUAUUAAAGAGUAAUAAUAGCUGUCAUUUUUUAAGCUUCAAUCUAAAACAAUGGAUUCUUUUUUUUUCCAUUUAUGAUGCAGAUAAGCAAGACGUUUUUGAUCAUGAGUGGUGAAAAGAGGAUCAAACUUGACUAUUUUUGCAAUGGCAGUCCAGCAACAAGCCUUUCAUUUACAUUAAAUUAUAGUUUUUUAUUCAUUCCUAAACCAAACUUUAAAUUCUACUUUCCUUUGAGUAGAAGGUAUUUAACUUGUUUUGUUUUUCCUUCAGAAGAAAUUUAAUGCAAAUGGAUUGCAGUCAGCACUUUCUGAAUGUUUUCACACAGUACCCAAAGCUUACAUCAUACCAAGGAGUGGGGCAAUGAAGUUUCCUCCCAGUGACUCCAGUGACAGACCACACCUAGAAAGCGAUUCUCUUCCUGAGUAUUUCAAAAAAAUGUAAAAGAGCUGGGGAGAGUAUGGGAAGAAACAGUACAGCAUUGCCUAUAAUAAAUUAAGAACUGCCUCCUGACACAAGGAAAAAGAAAUUAAUGCUAGAGUCUGGAGGGGUGAUAACCUUAAAAAUUUAAAAUAUUUGUUGUCUACAUGUGUAAAUUAUAAACACAAUGUAAUUAAAAUUAGAACAUCAGGAAGAGAAUUAAAAUCCUCAAGUUGCAAAAUCUAAAUGUUAACUAAAACAAAUUCUCACAGAGAUUCAACUUUUUUCACCAAUAGAAUAGUACUUACUAACAACAUGAAGCCCACCCUGUGAGAUUGUAGAGAAACUGAAUGUGGCUUACGAUAAUCAUCUGUUUAUGAUAUUUCUUUUCUCUCUUUCUGUUUAAAAUUGAGAUAGAGUCUCGCUCUGUCACCAGGCUGGAGUGCAGUGGCACAAUCUCAGCUCAGUGCAACCUCUGCCUUCUGGGUUCAAGCGAUUCUCCUGCCUCAGCCUCCCGAGUAGCUGGGAUUACAGGUGCACACCACCAUGCCCAGUUAAUUUUCGUAUUUUUAGUAGAUUCAAGGUUUUACCAUGGUGUCCAGGAUGGUCUUGAUCUCUUGACCUUGUGAUCUGCUUGUCUCGGCCUCCCAAAGUGCUGGGAUUACAGGCGUGAAUCACCGUGCCUGACCCUAAUAUUUCAACAAUCUUGUGAUCCUGUAAUUCCCACCAUUAAUUUCAUGGGAAGAAAUCUCUGAUAUUCCUACAAAGCUAGAGCCACAUCUGGCAAUAUUUAAGUAUAUAAGGAGAACUAGGGUAGGAAAAUGUGUAAGAAUGUGAUAUUUGCAAAUUUUUACAUCUUUUUUUUUUUCUAUAUGCAAGAAGACCAUGAAAAGAGCCUACUGGUAAAGUUUGUCCUUCAGAACUACACUUUCAGCUAUCAACCAAUGUAUCAUUAAGUCGGGGUUGAUCAUUUAGCAAACAAAUGCCAACAUGUUUCUGGCAUCUUUAACUACAUUACACUAGCCAAGGGGUUCAUCGAUUUUUUUCAUUCCCCAUUUUGUCUCCUCCCUUUGUCUAUCCUUCAAUUAUUUGAGAACACAUCCUUCGUCAUCAAUA